CUAUUCUUGCACUGCGACAUCACCCCGAGAUCAUUAUCAGACGCCUAGGUAAACUCGGUGAUACCCUGUUUGCUUUAUAUCCAGUUUUUCGACGACAUUUACAGCAUGGGAGACGUCGCCGUGGAGAACCCGGCGAGCAACGUCACGCCUAAGCCGAUUCCAUUGGACAACAUCCCCAACAUCGAUUCUUUCGAGGGGACGGGAUCGGACGGAGGAGACGAAUAUGCCACAUUGAAGAAGUUGCAGAGACAUCUGGAGUACAUCCAACUCCAAGAGGAGUAUAUCAAGGAUGAGCAAAGGAGCUUGAAGAGGGAGCUCGUUCGUGCGCAGGAAGAGAUCAAGCGGAUACAGAGUGUACCACUCGUUAUCGGCCAGUUCAUGGAAGCGAUUGACCAAAAUACGGGUAUCGUUCAGUCCUCGACCGGUUCGAAUUACGUUGUCCGUAUCCUGUCCACCCUCGACCGCGAAAAGCUCAAGCCGUCGUCCUCCGUCGCCCUCCACCGUCACUCCAAUGCGCUCGUGGAUAUCCUCCCGCCAGAGGCCGACUCGUCUAUUGCUAUGCUGGGAGAGAACGAGAAGCCGGACGUGUCGUACGCGGAUGUCGGUGGUCUCGAUAUGCAGAAACAGGAAAUCAGGGAGGCGGUCGAAUUGCCUUUGACGCAGUUUGACUUGUACAAGCAGAUUGGUAUCGAUCCUCCCCGUGGUGUCCUGCUUUAUGGCCCUCCUGGUACGGGUAAGACCAUGUUGGUUAAGGCCGUGGCGAACGGUACGACCGCCAGCUUCAUUCGAGUGAACGGAUCCGAAUUCGUUCAAAAGUAUCUGGGAGAGGGCCCCCGUAUGGUCCGAGAUGUGUUCCGAAUGGCGCGGGAGAACUCCCCGGCUAUCAUUUUCAUCGACGAAAUUGAUGCCAUUGCCACCAAGCGGUUCGACGCCCAAACAGGUGCCGACCGUGAAGUGCAGCGAAUCUUGCUGGAGCUGCUUAACCAGAUGGAUGGCUUCGAGCAGUCGAGCAACGUCAAGGUCAUCAUGGCCACCAACCGAGCGGAUACCCUUGAUCCGGCCUUGCUGCGUCCGGGUCGUUUGGACCGCAAGAUCGAGUUCCCAUCCCUUCGUGACCGACGUGAGCGUCGUCUGAUCUUCAGCACGAUCGCGUCCAGAAUGUCCUUGUCUCCCGAAGUCGACCUGGAUUCGCUGAUUGUGCGGAACGAGCCUUUGUCUGGUGCUGUCAUCGCGGCCAUCAUGCAAGAGGCCGGCCUCCGGGCUGUCCGCAAGAACCGUUACAAUAUCAUUCAGUCUGAUCUUGAUGACGCUUACUCGGCCCAGGUGAAGUCCGGACAGGAAGAUGAACGACCCGAGUUCUACCGCUAGAUCAGGUUUCAGGUUUCGGUGUGCUGGAAAUGGGAUUGUGCAUGGCGAAAAGGUGGUCGUCCGUUGUAUCAUCAGAGACCGGGCUAUUGGUAUAUGUAGCACAAUGAUUGAUGCAUUUGGAUUCUCUGCUGCA